AUGUCACCUAAAACGCAAGUGCAACAACUUGCUUUGGAAACGACCCAGGAGUCGGUGGAGAAACCCCCUACAGUGAGCAGCCCCCUCUUACCCCGCAAGGUGCAUCAGGGGUUGGACAAACGACGACCAAGCGGCGGGCAAGAGCCACCGAGCGCGGCGCGCCCCCGGCGUGGCGGUGGCCCGGGCUCCGGUGGCCGCCGCCACGCUCGCACGCCCCAACCCCACCGCGCAGCACGGCGUUACCUUGCCGCUGCCCGCAGUCCGGCCCUUGGUCCCUGCGUCGGUCAGUCGGUCCCACGAGCCUCAGGGGGAGGACUAGAGGGUGUUUUCGUGGUCAGGACGGGCUCUCAGUGGCGGACGGAGAAGGACUCGGGAGAAGAGCCGAGGCGGCUGCGGUGGCUUCCGCCGCCGACGCUGCCGAUUCGCCGGAGCCGGAGGUGUCGAGGAGGCCGUGUCCUCGGGAUCGCGGCGCCCAGAGCGCUGCGCUCCCCGCUGGCGCCGAGGCUGAGCGCCGGGACGCGGCGGCGGGCUGGGGCGGCGAAGCUGGGCCGGCCACCCGCCUCCGGGUGCAUGUUAAUACGGUGGGGAGGAGGAGUCCCGCGCUUCCUCCGCCCAACCACCGGAGCCGGCGGGUGGGCGGCGGCCGCGGCCGGGAGCCAGGGGCUCCAGCUGCUACCGCGAGGCCACUCACCCCGGCCCCGGCUCAGCACGUGCGCCGAGGCCGCCGGGAGGCGCCGGCGUCGCCCACACCGUGCUCCUGGCCUGUGCGUUCUGCCCGCUCAGCCUUCGUGGUGGCAAGGGCUCUCACACCGAGCGCAGGAGAAAGCCCCUCAUCCAUGUUACCUGCCCCCAGUUUUUCUACUACCUCUAUUAAGCUGCAGUCAUCGUACCCAAGAUG